UUGACCGCUGGUGAAAUAUUGCGGCUUUUGUACAAGAAGUAACAAUGUUCGCCCGCUGCGUCCUUAAAACCGUGCAGGGGGCGUGGCCCAGGUCCAGGUGCAGCAGGAUUUGGCCACAGGCAGCCGGUUUCCACGUGAGCGGCUGCCAACUGCAGCCGAGCAAGCAGACCAAACUUGAGCUGAAGCGACGCCUGAAGGCCGAGCAAAAGGCCAAGGAGAAGGCCGAGAAGGCGGCCGCUGCUCCGGCGGAAGGUGCUGCCGGCGGCAAGAAGAAGACCAGCGCAGCCGAGGAGGAGGAGAUCUCGCCCAACGAGUACUUCAAGCUGCGUUCCGCCGCCGUCCAGGAGCUGAAGCGUUCGCCCACCACGGAUCCCUAUCCACACAAGUUUCAUGUGAGCAGCUCGCUGGAGGACUUCAUUGCCAAGUACGAUAGCGGUCUCAAGGAGGGCGAGACCCUGGAGAAUGUCACGCUGAGCGUGGCCGGGCGUGUCCAUGCCAUUCGCGAGUCGGGCGCCAAGCUCAUCUUCUACGAUCUGCGCGGCGAGGGUGUGAAGGUGCAGGUGAUGGCCAGCGCCAAGUCGUACAAGUCGGAGGCCGCCUUCGAGACGGACACCGCCAAGCUGCGACGCGGCGACAUCAUCGGCGUUGUCGGACAUCCCGGCAAGACCAAGAAGGGCGAGCUCUCCGUGAUGCCCACCGAGAUCCAGCUGCUGUCGCCCUGCCUCCACAUGCUGCCUCAUCUACAUUUCGGCCUUAAGGACAAGGAGACGCGCUACCGCCAGCGCUACCUUGAUCUGAUUCUCAACAACAAAGUGCGCGAGAACUUCCAAGUACGCGCCAAGAUCAUCUCGUACGUUCGCCAGUUUCUGGAUCGCCUCGGUUUCCUGGAGAUCGAGACGCCCAUGAUGAACAUGAUCGCUGGCGGAGCCACUGCCAAGCCCUUUGUAACGCAUCACAAUGAUUUGAAGAUGGACCUGUUCAUGCGGAUUGCUCCGGAGCUGUACCACAAGAUGCUGGUGGUGGGCGGCCUCGAUCGCGUCUACGAGAUCGGUCGGCAGUUCCGCAACGAGGGCAUCGACCUCACCCACAAUCCGGAAUUCACCACGUGCGAGUUCUACAUGGCGUAUGCCGAUUACGCCGACGUUAUGGACAUCACCGAACAGUUGAUCUCGGGAAUGGUGAAGGCCAUCCGUGGAUCGUACAAGGUCAUCUAUCACCCGGAGGGUCCAGAGGGACCCGAGCAGGAACUUGACUUCACGCCGCCCUUCAAGCGCGUCUCCAUGAUCAAAACGCUGGAGGAGAAGCUGCAGGUUAAGUUCCCAGCGGCCGAUACCUUCAACACGCCGGAGACGAAUCAGUUCCUGUCCCAGCUGUGCGCCAAGCACCAGGUCGAGUGCCCCGCCCCUCGCACCACCGCUCGCCUGCUGGACAAGCUGGUGGGCGAAUUCAUCGAGGAGUUCUGCAUCAAUCCCACGUUCAUCUGCGAGCACCCGCAGAUUAUGUCCCCGCUGGCCAAGUACCAUCGCAGCAUCCCCGGUCUGACGGAGCGCUUCGAGCUGUUCGUGGCCAAGAAGGAGAUCUGCAAUGCCUACACCGAGCUGAACGAUCCUGUCGUGCAGCGCGAACGCUUCGAGCAGCAGGCCAGCGAUAAAGCGGCCGGAGACGACGAGGCCCAGCUGGUCGACGAGAACUUCUGCACGGCUCUGGAGUACGGACUGCCGCCCACUGGCGGUUUCGGCAUGGGCAUCGAUCGCCUGGCCAUGUUCCUCACGGACUCCAAUAACAUUAAGGAGGUGCUGCUGUUCCCCGCCAUGAAACCGGAGGAGGCCAACCGCACGGCAGCGGAAACAGCUCCCGCCACCACCGCCCCCCAGCAGUAGAAGAGGCCACCGCUCACUCCACUCAACCCCAAUCCUUGUACGUUACGCUGGUCCCGGGCUAGUCCCAGUUGCUAAGUUAUUCAACGAAUAAACCUUUUUUUCCAAAUA